AGUAACGUGGUAAUACGAUUGUCGCCAUUGUCUUGUUUCAAUUUAUUUUUCAAUCUAAGAAGAGAAAAUUUGAAAGGAAACAUUUAAUAUAUAAGUUAAUAACACAAGUUUUACAAGGAUUUAAUAACAAUAUGAAUGCACCACCGACCUUUGAAUCAUUUUUACUCUACGAAGGAGAGAAAAAGUAAAAUAAUAAAGGAACAAGAUACAAAGGUACCAAAUGCUGCUAUUUUUACAGUGAACAAAGAAGAUCAUACUCUGGGAAAUAUGAUUCGAAACCAAUUAUUAAAAGAUCCUCAAGUUUUGUUUGCUGGUUACAAAGUACCUCAUCCAUUGGAACAUAAAUUUGUAAUUAGAAUACAAACAACGUCUGAUUAUACACCGCAUGAAGCUUUUAUGCACGCAAUAACUGAUCUUAUAGCAGAAUUAUCAUUAUUUGAAGAACGUUUUAAGGAAGCAAUAAAAGAAAAAAAGGAAGGAUUGGAUUAAUAAAUUUAAGAUUCAUUAUAGAUUUUAACGAAUGAAUAUAUGUGCAUAUGUAUGUUUGUAUAUAUACAUGUAUAUAAGUGUGUGUGUGUGUGUGUGUGUCUUUGUGGCUCAGUUUAAUUUAGAUUAAUUUCAUAUAAUUGCAAGAUCUUUAUAUGAUCAUUCGAUUGAACGUGCUCAAUUCAAUUGUUUCCCCCAAAGUAAAUAUCUAAAUUUGAAAAAGUGUUUCUGUUAUCUUAUUUAGUUAAAGAUUAAUAAUUUUACAUUUGAAUAAAUUUCAUUAUUGAAUUAUUUCUA